AUAUGCUACCAAAUCGAAGAGCUUUACAGCGCUUACCGUUGCUUGUACUACAAACACGCUAUCGACCGCUGUGGUUGCUAUGGGAAGCCGGGACAUCUCGUAAAAAAACACACCAUUCUUGUCGGCGAUGCUUGUAACGCCCAUCCCAGUAAUAUUUCUCACCAC